AUGGCAGACUACCCCGUGCUCAUGACCGGGUUGUCAACGCUGGGGAUAACCGUGAGCACUGCCGUCGGCUUUCUAAUAAAGUCAACUGCAAAGCAAGGAUCGAACCGGCUGUCACGCUUGUUCUGGGCUGACCCCCGUGGUAGGCGCACUUUUUCUUGCUAUGGCGAUAAUAUUUCAUUCGACGCAACGUAUGGGACAAACAGGUACAGUAUGCUGUUUGAGUCAUUUACCGGUGUGGACAACCACAAACGAUGCAUCACUUUUGGGGCCGGUUUGCUCACUAAAGAAGACACUGACUCAUACAGCUGGCUAUUGGAAAAUUUUAAAUGUGCAAUGGGCAAGAGCCCAUUGUGUGUUGUAACGGACCAAGACCCAGCUAUGCGGAUUGCUAUCCAACGAGUAUUAUCAGGGUCUCGCCAUCGGUACUGCAUGUGGCACAUCAUGACUAAAGUUAAUGAAAAGCUUGGUAGUGGGUUAGCUAAGGAUGCCGAGUUUCAGAAGAAGCUAAAUGCUAUCGUGUGGAACGAGGGAAUCAGCAGUACUGAGUUUGAGGAGCAAUGCUUUGUAGAGUUCUACAUGCAGUUCGAGAGCGUGUUGGAAACGCAGCGCUACCGGCAAGAUAAAUUAAACGCAGAGUGCGAGGGUUACCUACCAGAGUUUAAAACACCAUUAGCUCUUGAGCGCCAUAUUGCACAAGUGUUCACAAUCACUAUUUUUUACAAGUUGCAGAAAGAAAUAGAAGCAGCUCGUUUUGAUUCUUUUGUGGUUGGUUUACGCCACGAGGGGGAUAGCACCUAUUAUGACAUUGGAGGUGCGGGCAACAUUACUUCAACAGUACACUACAAGGCGAGUGGUCAAGUGACGUCAUGCAAUUGCAACUUGUUCCAAAGAAUGGGACUGGUUUGUCGACACAUGUUCGUUGUUUUUCGGGGUGCACAGAUGGAACAAUUACCCACCGAAUACAUUGUGGGCCGUUGGUGCAAACACCUCGACUGCGGUGCAUGCAGGGGCGUACCCCCCAAUGGGAACAUGCCAACACCCGCAGCAACCCAACUAUGGGCCGAGAUAAACACCUGCGUAGGGAUGGUAGGCAAUAGCCUAGAGCGGCAAACGCGGAUGGUCUCAGUUCUUAAGGAUCUUACCACAGAAUUCGCUAGUGACGGUUUAACUGUGAACCCUGUUAAGGGUAACCGUGCUGCGAUCCAAGCAUUAUGCGGCGUGGAGCCACCGGAAAGAAUAACAAUCUUAGCCCCCACCCAAGCGAAAAAUAAAGGUACUGGGAAGCGUAUCAAAAGCAACAGGGGGAUGGCUAUUGAGAAAAGUUCCAAACCCGGAAGAAAGUGCGGAAUUUGCGGGAAAUACGCCCGGCAUAACGCCCGUAGUUGCCCUUCAAAGUAA